AUGCAAGGAUGUCAUGAGUCAGUCCUGACAGAGCAGAAAUCUGAGGAGAUCUUCAUCCUACACUAUUUCAGUCAAGCAGCGAAUCAAACUGUAGUGCUAGCGUCAGAGGGGUACGAAUCUAAUUCCGGAGAACCAGCAGAGAGGCUCGACCAGAGCUGUGAAGGCGAAGAAGAAGAAGACGAAGAGUACGUGAAUCCAAGAGAACUUGUGGAUGAGUUUGAAACAGUCUUCGAUGAGAAGGGCUACGAAAUUAUACCAGAAUACUACGACAGUCUUCUAUUCUUGUGCAGAGACUUUAACAAUGGCUUCACCUGGCAACUGCGACUGAUCACUUUAGAAACACUUCUGAGAGCAUUCGACUCGAUGAAGUCAGUCCUAAUGAAGUUUUUGUUUCGUUCUCUUAAUUGCGGACAAGAUCGAAGUGAAGAGGAUGCUGAGAAGGCGUUGGCAUUUUCUGAUACUUUAUCAGUGAUCGUAAGCCUGGUUAAAGCCAUCACUGAAAUCUGUGAAGAUGAAAUCAAUAGCAUCGCCUAUGCAAACAUUAUUAGCCAAGCGAACACUUGUAGAUUAGGGGAAAGAGAGCUGUGCUCAGAAAGAGAAGAUAUUGACAACAAUGUGUUGCAAUGCUACGAUAUUCUCAAGCGAAAGGUUUUGGAAAUGUUUCACUCAAUCUGCACAUUUUCUGUUCCUGAUCGAACGGGUAAUACAAUACGGAAUGCUCUUCGUUUUCUUUGGGAACAUGAAGAAGUUGACAAAGAACUGCUUUGCACAAUGGCUUCGGCAAUCAUCGAGUUCAUUAAACAUCCUAAAUUCUGUUGCAAAUCCACAGGCGCUCUUAAUAGCCUCCGUCAAAUGUUCUGCUUUUUGCGGCCCAUCUGCGUCGAAUUCAACCAACACAAAGCGGUUGCGUGGUUGCUUGUUUCCACAACGAUGGAAUUGAAGUAUCUCAAGGAUUCAACCACAAUCGAGAAUUUUCCUUUUCUUGCGGCAGUGAAAUCUGUGUCUGUAGAUGGUGAUUUGGACCAUUUGUUGUAUUAUAUGUACUAUUUUGCGAUGGACGAACUUCAUCGCAAUUUUUUAUCGACGUCAUGUUGCCAUAUACCUCGACCAUACAUUCUUUUCAUUGAGUCGAUGGCUGAAAUUGCACCCUACAUUUUCUUUGAAAACAUUGCGCCUUUGAUACCGAUUCUUGAUUAUGAUCCAUAUACGCUUCGUUCACGGAUACUUUCUGCUUUCUCUACGAUGCUAACCACGGGCGUAGAAGAAACACGGUUUUCCGUUGUUAAGCAGAACACUGCAAUAAUUCGUGAGAGAAUGGUAGAUGAAAUCCAGCUCCAUCUCUCCGAUACUGCUUUACAAGUUCGUUCAAAAGCGAUUAGUUGUUGCGUUGAAAUGGCGCAGAGCGGAAACGUCCCGGAAAUAUAUCUAAGGAAAGGAUUGGUGAAUGCUGUUGCGGAACACUUAACAGAAAAGACCGCGACUCUGAGAAGAGCUGCAGUAAAAUUCUUGAAAUUCUACCUCGCCAGGAACCCCUUUGGGACGAAUCUUAGCCGUUCCCAUUUGUUUGCCGUGUACCAGAGACUCCAAAUUGUUGAAAAGCUAUCUACAGAUACCGGUCUCGCCUCGGAUGAUUUCUUGAAGAGGAUCGCAGAACAGUUCUUCGAUUCUAUUUCGGACAAACUUGGAAAUAUUCUGAAAAGGUUGGUUGAAGAGCAGAGCAGCCUUCAACAUGAUGAUUACGAACUCAUAACGACACCGCUAGAAGAAGUUAUGCAGUUAGUUGUUCAUCAACUUUUCUUCCCCAACUCAGUACAGAAUGCUUUGAAGGUGGUCGUGAAGUUAUUUUAUCUAGGCAAAUUCGACAAUAUGAGUUUAGAGCAAUCAAAGGAGGAGAUAGUCGACUCUUUGCUGGUCAUGCUUCGUCAGCGAUUUUUGAAUGCACCAAAAGAACUGGUCGACGGUUGCGAUGAGAAUGCAAAUGUUGUUCCCAGUUCAUUGUCUUGUGAUUUGAAUGAUGCAGAUCGAAAUGAAAAGAAACUUCAAUUUCUAGAGGACGCUUUCAUAUUGCACGAUCAGAUAUACAAAUUGGUUCCUGAAGUCGUUAGAAGUGUGGUAGCAAAAGAUUUGGCUGAUGUACGUGAAGCAGUUAACUUCCUUCUUAUCUGCUGCCGCUUUUUAAUCCGCGGAUGUGAAGCUGCACUUUUUGAGCUAUAUAGAAGGGUCGAGAACUUAUCAGACGAUUCGAAAACGGAGGUUAUCGAUGCCAUCGCCUCUCUUUUUAUAGUCAGAAGAACAGAUGGUAAAAUAGAAGUAUUUGACACUUCUCUACAGCUGUUGAAGCUUUUGAAGCGAGUUGAAGAGACCGAUCACUAUGCCGUCGAGAAUUUGUUUUGUGUGAUGUCGCAGCAGUAUAACUACCCGACUACUGUGGCCUGUGUGCUUUUCCAGAUUCUUGAAACAAAAUAUCUGGAGGACAGAGUCCUGGCGAUGAAGGCAUUGACCAUUUUAGCUAAAGGAAAUAGAAUAUUUAUGCGUCAACAUCUGCGGGAAUUCCAAAAGUAUAUUCGUGGAUCCGAUGACAUCCUGGCCUGUGAAGCUCUUCGAGCGCUCUCUAACCUCGUACCUCUUCAUAGCGAUUCCCCUGAAGAAAAAUCUGAUCGAGAUAUUUUUCGUCUUCGCAUUUUUGACUCAUUGUUCCCAGAUAUCGAAAGGCUUCUCUUCAGGCUCAUGCUGUCAGACGAUGCCGAAGCAACCGCCACAUUGUGGCACACAUGUGCAAGGAACGCUAUCCGCGUGCUUUUUGCCUUAUCUAGCGAAGUAGAUUUUAUGAUGUCACGGGUUCUUGGCAAAACUAUCUGGUACGCGAAACGAUCAGCAGACAUUCUUAUUUUCUAUGAAAAAUUCAAGGAAACUCAGAAAAACUUGAAUUCCGAUCUUAUUGAGGAUAGACGAGUCUACUGGAAUAUGAAAUGGCAGAGGACGUUAGAGCGCACGUUGACAAUUAUAGGAGAGAUUGUUGAAGCCAUGUUUGUGCACAUCAGCGGCUCAUUCAAACAUGAAUUGAAGCGAGUUGCAGAGUUAGUCGAAGUAGAGCUUAAGAGCGACCAUGAAACGGAUGAGGACUAUGGGAAUUUUGACGUUAACAGGUCUGAAGUAGAGACGGACUUUGCGUACGAAGCUGGCAUAUUCAACAUGAAACCAACCAGUGAAAAGGAUAUCGAAGUGAUAGCAACAGUUCCUUCGACUAAAACUACUAUUUACAUAAAGCAGGAAGUUUGUGACGAAAAAGAUGACAAAAGUAAGCCGAUUACGGAAGUGGUGAAUGACUCCGAAGAAGAAAAAGGCCAAACCAAUCCCACUACUGUUGAUGAUCUGAUACGAACACAUGUGAACAAGCUGUUAGAAGAUUCUUUGUUGGAACCAAGCAGUACGUUGGGGGUUUGUCUCACUUUUGUUGUCUCAUGCAUGAGGACAGCUAGUUACUGUAAAGCGAUCCGUGAUGCUGCUACAAGGACGUUUUCAAAGUUCAUGUUGAUUAGUCCCCAUUUGGCGGAACGAGGCGCUUCGUUUCUGUUUACAGUCCUCUGUUGUGACGAAGAACCUCAAAUGAGAAAAUAUCUGCUAACAAGCAGUAUCGAUGUGUUGCGUCGUUUUCCAGCAAUGUUGGAGAAAUAUGCACUGUUUAUUUAUAGAAUGACAAGAGACGAAGAUGCAUCUGUUCGGCUUACUGCGAUACUGCACUUGACUCAUUUGCUCUCCAAUGACUUCCUUAAGCCACGUGGUUGUCUGUCAGAUGUUGCAUUUUGUAUGUUGCCUUCAAAGUCGUCGAGUAGCGGCGAAAGAGAAGUGGCUGCUGCUGCUUGUAAUCUUUUUACAGAACUAUCAAAGAAGGGGACUCUUUUAGUAAAUGUCCUUCCUGACAUCAUCUGUCGGCUGUCUCGCUAUGGAGACAAAGUUUCAAUGGAUGCUUUCAAAACAGUUGUGAGUCGAUUGCUGGGAAUGAUUGGAGAUUAUUCACACGACUUUAUGGUGGAGAAGAUGUGCCAUCGCUUCGACUUUUGUGGAAGUAAAGAAGCAGUGGAGAAUAAUGAGAAGAUCGCCCAAUAUUUCUCUCACUUCAUCUCACAACUCACCCUUUCGGAGAAAUCACUUUCAAAGAUGUGCUCGUUCCUUCCUCAUUUUGCACCAUUUCUCGACGACGACGUGAUCUUUAACGACUUCACUGGGGUGGUUAAAUCCUUCAUGGACAAUGACCCCACCACUUCUGCAAAGGAAACAGCAGAAGAAUUGCUUCGUAAGAUGGAGUACUUACACAAAAAAUCGUGUUUAUCUGAAGAGGAAAAUAAGAGAAUGUUAGAAAGCGUUGGCGUUAUCAACCUUAAUGUUUCAGUGGAGAAUGGUGCGGAUGGUUGUCCGACUGCUGUAUUCAGUUUUGAAGAUUGCGAGCAGCCAAUAUAG